UGCUUCAGCUGCUGGAGACACAGACAACACCGUCUUUAACCGCGUACUGGCGUCCGCAUGUCGGCAAACACACAGAGGGAAACGUGUGUGCGUGUGUGUGGACAGCAAGUGCAAUGAUAUAGAAAUAUACAAGAUAAAAGGAGAGAACUGACUUAAUAACGGUCGCACAACUAGAUUUUAACGCGUGACAUCAGAGCUUUUAAGAUCCGGGAAUCCAGGAUUUUUCCUUUUUUUGAGAGUUAUUUUCACACAUGAAAUGAUCACGCACUUAUUUUUUUAUUUUGCACAUGAAACCGUUCCAUAUUACAUCAUUACAUUUUCCAUUGUCUUGGUUUUGUGGAGCAUGUCUCAGACACAUCUUCUACAUUACAUUAUAAUAAACAGCUGUAAAUAUUCCAUUAUAUACGAGGGGCUCAUAUUGGCGUUAAUCUUGGUGUAAAAACAAUAACAAACCAGACCUGCAAUCGUAGCUCACGUGUUUUCCUGUUUGUUCUCAUUUAAAUGUAGUUUUCCGUUAGUUAGUUUUGUUUUACCUUCGUCUUCUGUAACAUCACAUGAUUUUAUGUUGCGUCGCCCGCUAUAAAUUGUUUUGUAUUAAAUGUCUGCAUUAUACUUUACAUGACACUUAGCCGUGGUUCCCCAAACUUUUAAAAACCUCCAUGUUUUGGUUUUACCUGUUCUAAUUUCACACGUAUCUUAUAUUGUUUUUUCAAUGACUAUUUAAACAACAUUUGAAACACUGGCACUUUUACAGCAAUGUGGAUCAAUGUGAAUUGUGAAAAUAAAUAGUAUUAUACACACUAAACUCAAAGUAUCUUUAAGUGGACAUGAUAAAACCAGCAAAUAGAGCAGUCAUAUUUAGAUUCAUGGUGGGUAAAGGAAAAGCUGUUUUAGUUUUUAUAAAAGGACAACAUUACGGUAGCUUUAGAAUAAUAAGCAGCAGACAUAACGCUAACAUAAACAAUAGGGGGGGGGGGGGGGGGUGUUUGGGAUGCAUAUAAAAAGUAUGGUAUAAUGACAAUACUCAAAGCGAGUAGACCGUGGAAGAUGUGAGAUCAUGAUGUUAUGGUUGUACAUGGAACAGAGAUCAUAGCCCUUAAAAUAUACUUUAACAUUUAAAAACAAAUCCAAAUUAGGAUGCAAGUUCUCAGAUACACAAACGUAUAAACAGAGAGGACUGUGAGGUAUGACAAUACUUCACAGAUUACCACUGAGACAUAACUUAUCAAACUAGACAGUUGCAGUCACAGCUGUGUAAAUAUUAAACUUUUUUUAUGCUAAUGAGUGCUCUCAUUUCAUCUCAGCUGUUGUUUUUUUGGCGCUUGAUAUUUGGAGCCUAGCAUUCGGAGGAGGGGUGAGCUAGCGACGACGUUAGCGCGACUGUGACUGGAAGCGUGUGUCCCUCCGUAAUAAAACGUUAUUAAACCUCCCCGUCGAGUGCGGUGACGCGGCUCUGCUCGACCGACCCGGUACGGUCGGACUGCCGUAACGUCACGUCAACCGGGGCGGUUAGCCGCCGAGCUAACGGAUGCUAACCGAACCGCUGCUGUCACGACUCUUGUUUUUUUUCUUUUCUCUUUCUUUCUUUUAUUAGCGGCAGAGCAAAACGGUUCGUCUCGCGCACGGUCACGUUAACGAGAAAGCGGCGGUUGGAAGUCCAACGUCCGGAGUCUGGGUGGACUCUCGGCAGUUGGCGGUGCUCGCUAGCCGCCUGCGCGCAUAGCUCCCAGCCGAGCUACUCUACCUCGGAAACAAGAGCUAAUUAAGGAUAACUUCAGCAUUUUGACUCGCUGGAUGUCAUUUUGUAUUUCUCGUUAAAACGGGCUUUCCCGUCCGCCUUUUGAAUCCCGAUCGCAGCCUGCCACUCCCUCUCCCUCUCGGAGAUGGCUGUGGGAAUAAUGCAUACUGGGUUCCGACCAGAAGUCGUGCUUGUUUCCGGUCUGACUUGACGAUGGUGGUGGGGGUCGAUGAUGAUGGGGGUGACUCUUUAACUCAUCACCGGGGGAUUCCUCGUCAUAAACUCACACCGGGUGGAGGCUACAGAUUCAGACCGCCGUCAUGUUCACCGGGACGCGGACUGAGAGCCGCGGGGACUCGGGCGUCCUGGACGCGGCGGCGCUGAGGCAGCAGAGGAGGCUGAGGCAGGCGAUCCAGUUCCUCCACCGGGACUCCGCAGACCUGCUGCCUCUGGAUGGACUGAAGAAGCUCGGGACCUCCAAACAGGGGCAGCCACAUCAUAUUCUCCAGAAGCGCCUGCUGGAAGCCAAGCGGUCCCAGGGGAGGAUGAACGUGUGCGGGGUGACACCGACCAACGGAGCGGUCCUCCUGAACUGCACUCGCUUCCACUCGGAUGAGGAAGAGGAGGAGGAAGACUUCAUCUACGUGCCCUGCGAGUGUUUAGGACAGGAAGUGAACGUGCUGAUUGACACCGGCUGCCGACUGAACCUCAUGUCCUCCCUGACGGUGGAGAGACGAGGUUUGAAAGAUCUGGUCGAGGAGAACAAGAUGGAGACGGAUGGCUUUCCAUUUCAGAGGAAGCUCUGCGUCGACGGACUCAUCCGAGAACUCAGCGUGAGCCUCGGGCCCCUCAGCAUAAUGUGCUCCUUCGCCAUCGUGGAGAGCAACAGACCUCUGAUGUCUCUGGGCAACAAGACAUUGAAGUCACUCAAGUGUGUAAUUGACACUGAGAAGCAGAUGUUGGUGUUUGGGACGAGCGUCAGGGAGCAGCUUCAGUUUGCCAAGAAGCCGUUUAAUGAAAGAGACCUGUAACAACAACAACAACAACAACAACAAUGACUCACAGUCCCUAACAGCAAUACAAGUACUCACUCCUACAACUCGACCCCUCGUUGGAGAGCCUCGGCUUUCUCCCCUCAUGCAUUCAUUCUCACUCUCUCUCUCUCUCUCUCACUUCCUGUUUGUUUGCUGCCUUCACGACUCCCACAAUGCACUAGUGUUUAUUAAUAUUAGUUUACAUAAAGGUUUACACACAAGCAGCCUCUCAUGUAGCAGCCAGUCGCCUCCCGGUAGCCGAGUGUUUAGAGGACGCUUUGUGCCGUUACGAUAACGUGUCGUGCCGUAGACUUAAAGAUUCCGAUAGAAUUGUGAUUUAUAAUAUAUUGUAUCCUACGAAUAAGUGUCAUCGAGUAGUAUUCUACGUUCUUAGCAGGGUUCAUACAUGUUGACCAAUGUAUUUACAUGACUUUUAAAUUAAUUUUCAAUUACUUUAAAUUAAUUGUAAUGCCUUUUCAAUGACUUUCAAAGACUUUUCAAUAGCUUUUAAUUACUUUUAAUAGCUUUUAAUUACUUUUAAUUACUUUUAAUGCCUUUUCAAUUACUUUUAUUGACUUUUCAAUGACUUUCAAUAGCUUUUAAUUACUUUUCCAUGACUUUUCAAUGACUUUUAAUGGCUUUUAAUGACUUUUCAAUUAAUUUCAAUUAAUUAAAAUGACUUUUAAUGACUUUCAAAUACAUUAUAUUGACUCUCAAUGACUUUUAAUGACUUUUUAAUGACUUUUAAAGCAAAUUUCCAUGACCAAAUAUUUUGUGAAAUCUUCGUGUAUACACGAGUAUAACCUUAAAUGACACAAUAAGACAAUAGUUUGAUUAAAAUAAUACAUAUUUAUACAAAUGUUUAUUACUUUAAUCAAACUGCGGAAAUUAACAUAUGAAUAUAAAACAUUUUCCAUGACUUUUCCAAAAACUUUGGGAAAUUAAAUAUUGUUAAAGGAAUUUUCCAGGCCUGGAAAUAAACAUUUUAAAAUUCCAUGACUUUUCCAGGUUUUCCAUAACGGUAUACAAACCCUGUCGUAGCUGGAAAUCCAUCUCGGAGAAAAAGUUCCGGGAGGAUUUGACGUGCAACUGAUGAACUUAGCACAAUGUAUUGCAUACAACUGUUUAUCUACUGUGUUUUAUAAUGUUGUAAAUGUAUUUUAUAGUCCAAUAAACAAAUACCUGUCUUUGCAUCUGAAGGCACUGGAUAUCAAAUAAAAAAUCCCAAAUGAG